AUGGUGACAUUGAAUAGCUCAAUUCCUGCUUGGAUUGAUCACUUUCUUGCUUGUAUGGGUGGUUGUUUUGGAUGCUGUACGAAACCCACACCAAUUAUUGCUGUGGAUGAGCCAUCAAAAGGAUUGAGAAUACAAGGGCGAGCAGUGAAGAAACCAAGCAUGUCAGAUGAUUUUUGGAGUACCAGCACAUGUGACUUGGACAACAGUACUGUUCAAUCUCAAAGAAGCAUCUCAUCAAUCAGCGUAUCAAACCAGAAUCUCAGCAGCAGCACUGCUGGCAUCAGCAGCAAUAGCGAAUUUGUAAAUCAUGGUCUCCUUCGCUGGCAACAGAACAGGCUUCAAUGGAUUGGAAGUGGCACAUCUGGGAACCAAAAUCAGCGAAGAUGGGAAUCCAGAUUAAGUUGGAAUGCAACUUACGAAGGUUUACUAGGAUCCAGAAAUCCUUACCCUCGGUCCAUCCCUCUUUCUGAGAUGAUUGAUUUUCUGGUGGAUGUAUGGGAGCGGGAGGGAUUGUAUGAUUGA